AGUUGGAUAGUCCACGCCGGGCAGUGAUUGGUUGCCGAGAGGCGGGGAGGCUCGAUCGCCGGAGAAGCGGCCGCCGCGGUGAGGAGAGCCAUGGGUCAGGCGGCCAAGGUUUUACAGCUCUUUAAAACAUUACACAGGACCAGACAACGGGUUUUUAAAAAUGAUACCAGAGCAUUAGAAGCAGCCAGAAUAAAGAUAAAUGAAGAAUUCAAAAGUAAUAAAAGUGAAACUUCUCCCAAGAAAAUAGAAGAGCUAAUAAAAAUAGGUUCCGAUGUUGAAUUGUUACUCAGAACAUCUGUUAUACAAGGUAUUCACACAGACCACAAUACACUGAAAUUGGUCCCUAGGAAAGAGCUCCUUAUAGAAAAUGUGCCAUAUUGUGAUGCACCAACUCAGAAGCAAUGAGUUUUCUAGGAUAAAAUCAAGUCUUUUAGUUUUUAAUCUUAAGUACAUAACUCUGGCAAAAGUUUUGGAAAUGCAAGUAUUUCAGAACCAGCCUAUUGAAAAUGAAUGAAUUAAAGUAUCACUUCAUAACAAUUUCACAUUAAAAGGACAUUGCUGAAAACUGCAGAACAUAGUUAAAUAUUCCUAGACAGCAUUAAAUAAGACAUGUUAUUUGCUUUAAAAAAUCAAACUUUAUAAACUAAAAUAAAUGCUCAGGAAGUAUGUCAUACUCAUUUCUCUUUGACCUUGAUGAGUAUUUUGGUCUUUUUUUUUUUUUUUAAGAUUUUAUUUAUUUAUCUGACAGAGAGACAGGGAGAGCGGGAGCACAAGCAGGAGGAGUGGGAGAAGGAGAAGCAGGCUUCCCGCUGAGCAGGGAGCCUGAUGCGGGGCUCAAUCCCAGGACCCUGGGAUCAUGACCUGAGCCGAAGGCCGAUGCUUAAUGACUGAGCCACCCAGGCGCCCCGAGUACUUUGGUCUUAACAUAACUAAGAAUGCAGUGAUUUGACAAGUUGGUGGGUUUUCCUCCCACAUGAAAUGAAACUAUAAGAUUAAAAUUAUUAGAUUAAAUUUGUGUUUAGUUCCAUAAACAUUAAAUUGGUCAAAAAAAAUCACAAUAUGUGCCAGCUCUCCACAGAAGGUGGCCUUUGUUUCCUAAAGCACUGAAAUUCUUUCUUUUUUUUUUUUUUUAAGAUUUUAUUUAUUUGACAGAGACACAGCAAGAGAGGGAACACAAGCAGGAGGAGUGGGAGAGGGAGAAGCAGGCUUCCCGCUGAGCAGGGAGCCCGAUGCUGGGCUCGAUCCCAGGACCCGGGGACCAUGACCUGAGCCGAAGGCAGACGCUUAAUGACUGAGCCACCCAGGCGCCCCAGCACUGAAAUUAUUUCUGUAGCUAACAAAUAAUUAUUCAGUUUCCUUUCAGAGAUAGAGUAUCUCUCUGUUCCUGUAAAGACAUUUUUCUAGUAAGUCUUCUGAAGAUAGAUGAAUAAAAUAUCAAAAUCACCUAGGAUCACUAUGGAAUAAAGAAAUCCUAAUUUUUUUUAGGAAAUAAUGACCCUUAAUCAAACUAUGUAAUACAUCCUUAGUAGAAAUAGUGUACCUAGGCCACAGCUAGACUUUAUUGUGAAAAUGUAAUAUGUGGCUACCUUCUUUCGAUUUUAAUCAAUAAAACUUAGAUGGCUUUUCUUCCACAUGUCCCAUCCGUCCCUGACGUGAGUGGCAGUAUCACAAAACAGUGUGUCAUUCUACCAUCUAAUGGUGGGAACUAAAAAAUUGUAUUUAAUAUUCUUCUUGUUUCUCUUUUAUCUGUGUAUCUUUACCAUUCUCGUCUUAGUGAGCAGUGUGUUCUCUCCCAUUCACUGACCAAUUCUCCCAUUCAGUAAUGAUACAGAGUUUUCAAUUUUUAUAGGAUUCUUAAUGCAAGCUUUGUUGGCAAAACAUGGGUAUAUCCAUAGUGGAUAUAAAAUGUCAUAUUUUAAAAUAAUUUAAAAAAUGAUAAAAUAAUUUAAUUUUAAGAGAUCAAAGAUUUUGCUAAAUUCCUCAGACAUAUUACACUUAACAUUAAGCCAUUAACUAUCCUUAAUGCCUUCUAAUACUUGUGAGAAGAGUGUUUAGUAGUCUGUGAAAUGGUUUAUACAUGUCAAAUGAUUUGCAACGUUAAUUUUUCAACUCCCAUGUGUAGUUAUUAUUUAUGUGGAAAUUAUACCUACUUGUUUCAUAUUUGAAAUUUGCUCUUAUAAAAGAAUGUUGAAAGUUGUCACAGUACAAUCACUGAUAAAUUCCCUGACUUAGUAUUGUUUCAUUAAGUAUCUAUAUUAUAUAUUUGGAGGAACAUUGGCUGACCUAGGUUAACUUAAUAUAUUUUAAUUAUUUUAGUAAUAUUGAACGUUUUUAGUAGUUCCUAGCUUUUUUUCAUUUUUUAAAGGAUUUAUUUAUUUAUUGGACAGAGAGCAUGAGCAGGGGGAAGGAACAAGGGGAGAGAGAGAAGCAGGCUCCCCACUGAGCAGGGAGCCCAUUGCAGGACUCCAUCUCAGGACCCUGGAAUCAUGACCUGAGCUGAAGGCAGAUGCUUCACCGACUGAGCCACCCAGGCGCCCCCCUAGCUUUUUUUCUUUAAUCUUAAUUCCUGUGUUCCAUUCUUCAUUCACAUUAAUUUAAAUAUCUCAACAGAUUUUUUUUUUUAUAAACUUACCAUUAGGAGCAAUAGAGAUUAAUAAUUCACAUAUUUUAUUAAAGCCAGUGGCUUUGAGAUUUUCUUCAAGAUGUAUGUAUAUCUUGUAUAUAUAUAAGAAAAAAGAUCGUGUUUAUAUUAGCAGACAAAACUAUAAAAUAGUAAUAGACUUUUUUUAAAAAACUGUGUAACUUAAAAAUGAAAGACAUACUAUGUUCCUAGAUGGGACAACUGAAAAUUAUGGACAUGAACAAUUUAAAUGUUAUCUAUCAAAAUCCCGAAAGAUUAAAGAUACAUCUAUGUAAAAAUAUGUAACUUAUGGGGGCACCUGGGUGGCUCAGUCGUUAAGCGUCUGCCUUCGGCUCAGGUCAUGAUCCCAGGGUCCUGGGAUCGAGCCCCGCAUCGGGCUCCCUGCUCAGCGGGAAGCCUGCUUCUCCCUCUGCCACUCCCCCUGCUUGUGUUCCCUCUCUUGCUGUGUCUCUCUCUGCCAAAUAAAUAAAUAAAAUCUUAAAAAAAAAAAAAAUGUAACUUAUGUAAUCUGUAAAAGCUACUAUAAAAAAAGUUUACAGAAAAUAUUUGCUGCCAACAUAAUGAUUAAAAGAGUUUUAAGAUAUAAGUGCUCCUAUGACUCAGUAAAAGAUAACUCAGUGAAAAAUGGACAAAUGAUAUAAAUAAAAAGUUCACAAAAGAAGAAAGAUUAAGCCUCUCUACUGAUCAGAGAAAGGUAAAUUAAAACAAUAUGAAACUUUUUGUUCAUCAAAUUUGCAAAAGUUAAAGAAACUGAUCAUAUCCAUUAUUUGUAAAAGUAACAUGGGUGUGAGGAAAUGGGCACUCUCAAAUAUUUCUGGAAGGGAUGUAAGUGAUAGAGCCUUUUUGAAAGGAAAAUUGACAUCAAAAUUUAAAAUAAACAUAUUGGGGCACCUGGGUGGCUCAGUCAGGUAAGCAUCUGCCUUUGGCUCAGGUCAUGAUUCCAGGAUGCUAGGAUCGAGCCCCACGUCGGGCUCCUUGCUUAGCAGGGAUCCUUAGCGGGGAUCCUCCCUCUCCGUCUGCCUGCCAUUCCCCCUGCUUGUGCUCUCUCUCUCUCUCUGUCAAAAAAAUAAAAAUCUUUAAAAAAUAAUAAUAAAAUAAACAUAUUACUCAAUCUUUCAUCUCCAUAGCACACAAGAAUACUAAUAAAUGAACACUCAGAUAUAUGUAUAGGAAUUUCUGUAGCAUUGUUUAUAAUUGUAAAAAAUUGAAAAUGGCCUAAAUUUCCAAAUUUAAGGCAACAAUUAUAGGAAAUGUAGCUUUGGGAUAUUAUGCAGGUGUUGAAAAGACUGAUGCAAAAUAUAUAUACCAUCAAGUGAAAGAAGCCAGUCACAGAAUAUAUGUUAUCUAUGAAUCCAUUUACAUACAAAAGUAUUUGUGCACACAUUUGUGCAUAUAUGCAUAUAUAUAUAUAUAUAUAUACACACACACACACACACACACACAAAUGAAUAGAAAUCUACAUACCUUUAAGAAAUAAACAUGCUUAAUGUUAGUACAGUUGACCUUUGAACAAGGGUUGAACUGCAUGGGUCCAUUUAUAACGUGGACCUUUUCUUUUUGAUAGAGUACAGUACUGUAUAUUUUCUUGUCCUUAUGAUUUUCUUAAUAUUUUCUUUUCUCUAGCUUUAUUCUAAGAAUAUAGUAUAUAAUAUACAUAACAUACAAAAUAUGUGUUAAUCAACUAUGUUAUUAGUAAGGCCAACAAGUAAGCUAUUAGUAGUUAGGUUUUGGAGCAAUUAAAAGUUAUAUGUCGAGGGGUGCCUGGGUGGCUCAGUCGUUAAGCGUCUGCCUUCGGCUCAGGUCAUGAUCCCAGGGUCCUGGGAUCGAGCCCCGCAUAGGCUCCCUGCUCUGCGGGAAGCCUGCUUCUUCCUCUCCCACUCCCCCUGCUUGUGUUCCCUCUCUCGCUGUCUCUCUCUCUGUCAAAUAAAUAAAUAAAAUCUUCAAGGAAAAAAAAAGUUAUAUGUCCAUUUUCAACUGCGUGGGAAUUCAGUGCCCCUAACCCCCCAGGUUGUUCAGGGAUCAAUUGUAGUUAGGUAGGAGAAUGAGAUUUGGUGAAAGGACUGGUAAAUUGGGGAUUUUUAUUAUGGUAAUUCCUGCAUGCUUAAGUACUUUUUACAGUGUGUAGAUCAAUGAAUAAUUUUUAAAGGACAGUACUUAAGCUACUAGUGAUUUAUUUAAAACUUAAUUAUGCAAUAGUAAAAAUAUUAGCAUCUAGUAUAUUGGACACUCGUGAACCUCAUUCCCACAUUUGACAGAGGUUACAUUUUGCCAUAUUUGUUUAAAGAUAUCCUUCCUUAUAAGUCACAAAAUCUUAUAAAGCUAAAGUCCCACUUUUCUUUCUCUUGUCUCUUUUCAGGUAUAAUUACUGUUUUACAGCUGGUGGAUAUCAUUCCCAUACUUGUUUUUAUACUUUUACCAAAUGUAUGUGUAUUCAAAACAAUGUAUUGUUUUGAGGUUUUAAAAUGAAAAUAAAUGGUGUUAUGCUCCA